AUGGCUCCAGCCGUGAAGCGCAGCUAUGACGAAGAAACACAAUCUUCCGAUUGGACCAAUGAGCACCCCGGUUCACCACCUGUCAAGCGUCCUCGCUCAGAACCUACCCAAACUUUACAAGGCUUCAAUAACAGUUCAAUUGAGGCUUCUCUUUCUCCUCCAGUCUCAGAUCACCAUCAAAUCAACUGUCCUUGGUGCUCGGAAUCUUUUGAUGCGCCCGAAGAUGGAGUCAUUUCUGCUCAUAACGCCUUGAAAAAGCAUAUUACACUUGCACAUCCUCGCAUUGCUAAUCUUUCCGCACAUGAUGAUCAAAGCAAGGACGACGAUUCAGAAAUUACUAUGCCGGAACACAUUGAUCUGGUGAACACGCGUUUGAAAGGUGUUUUGAGUAGCAAUGUCGCUGCCGUCACAGCUCCCGCAACUGACGUGGACGUUACUCCAGCCGGAUCAGAGACUCCUGGGAUUGACUUAAGCCUUGAGGCUGCCGAUACUCUUGACAGCAAAUUGCAUGACCUUGAACGUCAGCAGGUACAUGCAGCCAACGCAGAGAAGCGCCUGGUAGCAGGCUGGAAUUUUCACGAUGCCCGCAAGUUCAACAAAGACUACGAUGAUGCUACGGCAGAUCUUGAGGACUCGUGGUGCUAUGUCUUUGGUGAUUCAAAGCCAACAACCAAAAAAGGCCAUAGCAAGAAACCAACUCGCCCUGAUCCAUAUUUGAGCAGCACAGCAGAAAAGGGGGAGUUUCUAAAACUCACCCCUGUUGAACAAUUCCUCGACUCACUCAACGACUUCGAAUCCAUGCCUACUGAUCAACUUCACGCUGCAGCUCAAAAUGUCUACCAUGCUUUGAAAACUUGGCAAGAUGAGUGGAUGGCCAUUGAAGAACUCAACAAAAGAGUCACCAACAAACCGAAAAAGUCCUCUAAUCCUCGCGCAUUGGACCCUAUUGAAGUCUUCCAAGAUAAGAGAGAAGCCAUGCUCUACGGCUACAAGUAUGAUCCUACAAUUCAUGAACCAAAGAAACGUGAAGCAAACAAUGAGACCACAUUCAAGUGUCAGGACCCUUUUGUGCAAGGCGGCUUCAGACCUACUGCCGCUCAAUUACGCAAGAUGCAGACCGAGGCCGGAAAGAACAAUAUAAAUCCCGACGGCUUCAAGACGAUGACGAGAAACGGACAGGAAUAUGUUCCCAAAUUCCAAGAUCCCCCAUUGAUCCCAUUCGAUUCGCGAGGAUCGACGAAUCGAAAACGCAAAUUGCCUCAAGGCGAAAUCGCAGCACUGAGACAACCCAGUGUCCACGAUAGCACUACAGCUUUUGAGUCCGAUCUUGAUGGGCAACCUUUCAAGCGUGUUACGCGUUCUGUCAACAAGACAGAAAACCCCCAAACCCAGACUGCGCCACCAAGUCCCGGCCCACGUCCUCAUGGGAAGAAACGUAAAGCCCGGGGUGGAGCGUCCCACGCUACACAGCCUACCAAUAUCACCUCCAAUACUAUUCAACCUACUAAUCACGCUUCAAAUAUCACUUUCAAACAAACAAGCUAUUCGAAUAUCGCGGGCUCGCCCACUGGUAAUACGCUUUCAUUCGGCCACGAGACCGUCCCAUCAUCAUCAUCAAGGGCUAUUACCUCUCCACCUGUCGAUGGCUUGACCUCUGUUGCCAGCUCAGAGCAAGCUGACAUGACUCCUGCCCCCAUGCCUGCCCUUGCGCCUGCAGCACCAGGGGCACCUCCGGCUCUCGCUGCUUUGCCUCAACCCCUUGCUGAGCCUGGCGAAGUGCUCAGUGAGGCGGAAUUGAGACGUCGCGACAAAAUUGCCAAUUCCAAGAAUCCGCGCCGAACAAUUGCUAUGCUCGAUCACUGGGACAACUUUCACAAGGACGGACGAACCCGGAAACCCAAGCGAACAAAGGAACAAAUGGAAGCCGAUAGAGUUGCAGACGAAUCACGCAGAGCAAACGGGCAAGGAAAGGCUCCCAAAAAACGUAAGCGCAGGGCCGCGACUACUACUACUACUACAGUCGAUAGUCCAGCUAUCAAACAACAAGGAACAACAGCGACUGCUACUUCUACUGCUAUUGCGGCGACUGCAACAACUGCGACUACAUCAACAACUGUAUCUCUGCAGCCCAUCUCGAUCCAGCCAGCUGCCACGUCCGCAACAACGGCACCGGUUGCCCCUCCUCCUCCUCCACCACCACCUCCCGCAAGGAUUAUGACUCAAACUUAUCCCGUUCCACUCAACGAGCCUCUUCGACCUCAACCCUCUCGAGGAUUUCCAUCUCUUCAUCCCUUGAUUCCAGUUGCCCCUCCUGAACCUCAGCCAACCAUGGCAUCUUACAAUUCGCAACCAGUCUUGCCUGGAGUUGAUAGAAACACGGCUCCUCCUCCUCCUCCUCCUCCUCCUCCUCGCUGGACUGCUCCCUCUCAGUAUUAUACCUACGGAAACCCACCGCCACUCUCGCCAUAUCAUCCUUAUAGACAGCCUCAAUAUCCACCACCACCUCCUCCUCCUCCUCCAUCCCAAAUUCAACAGCCGCCUCUCCGUGAUACCGGUCACCCUGAGACUAUUCAGCCUAGUGCAAACUACCCUUUUGACCCCCGCCGACCUCUUCCACCUUUCCAGAAUCCGCCCAGACCUUGA